CCUCUCAGUACCUAGUACUAUACCUACUACUGCUACUAGAAUUCUAAAGUUUAAAACUCCUAUAAAUGCCAAUAGAUUUUCAAUUUGUGAUAGUGAGUGAGUAAAAAACAAUACUUUUCCAUAAUAAGUUGACGUUUUUUGCAUGUUUUUCUUUUAAACAGAUAAUGUACGCAUGUAGUUGUGUAAUAGCUAUUUUGGUGAUUUUUUUAAUAAAAAGUAUGGUAUCUGGUGCUGUAAAUUGUUGCAAGAAACAUGGCCUGGACAAAAAGCAAUUAGUAGAUAUGAUAUUAUUUAGACAUCGACACUACGAAGACGAGAAUGAAUGGGGCUGUGGCAGUUGGUUGGAAUACACUGUGGUGGUGGUAUGCGCAAGCAUACUCCUCCUAGGUUCACUGGCACUCACCCUCUUCUGGGUGAUACAGUACCAACAUGGAUUCGCUUGGAGGGAGGAUCCUAAAAAAGAGUUCAAUUUACAUCCAGUUCUUAUGGUAGCCGGUUUCAUCACAUUCAGCGGAUUUUCUAUACUACUCUAUAGGAUAUGCAGAUGUUGUCGAAGAAUCUACGUUAAGCUCCUUCAUACAGUAUUCCAUGCAUUAGCCAUUCCAUGCGUGGCUGUUGGUUUCAUAGCGGUUUUGGACUCACAUAAUCUAGAAGUUCCUCCAAUUAAAAACUUCUAUUCAUUGCACAGUUGGAUCGGAUUAGUGACUAUGGGAUUAUUCGCAAUACAGUUUAUUGUCGGUUUCUUCAGUUUCCUGAUACUACUCUGCUGUGAAGGAGCCACGGCUGGAUUUAGAGCUGCUCUCGUGCCAAUUCACGCAUCAUUCGGACUCACGACUUUCAUGUUAGCCAUUGCAGCUGCACUUACAGGACUACAAGAAAAAGUCUGGUUCUCACUCAGAGACCGUUAUUCACUGCGUGACGAAGAAUCCAUCAUUAUAAACACAAUUGGCAUGUCCUUGAUCGGCCUUGCAAUAAUUAUGAGUUACAUUCUGCAAAGGGACGAGUUUAGAUUUAGGGCGCACAUCCUUAUACGUUCAGGAGAUCUCUAAAAGAUAGCUUAGCUUCGUUAAAAAAUGCUUUUUAUGUAUGUGUAUGUAAAAUAGGUCAAUGAAAGGUCUAAAUUGUCAGUGAAUUCAGAAUGCCAGAUAUUAUAUAUCUUGAAUAAAUAAAGUUGUUAUGCAAUAUUAUGUAUUAAUAUAAAAUACUUUACGGAUUACGUAACAGUAUCUUACGUAGAAUAAUACUUUUAAUGACGAAACAUAUCCCGGUUGAUUUUUUAUAUACACCCUAUACAUUUUGACAAAUUAGACCUUUUAUUUAGUAUUGUCUGCUUGAUCACAUGAUCACGAAUGUCUAAUAGAGUAAU